AUCACAUCUCCACAUUCAAUUCAAACACUAUGUCCGCCCCUUCAGGAUUGCCGUCCAACACUGAAAGACCGCCCGAACCGCCCGACUGGCUCGUGACGUGGAGAAAACGGUAUCAAGGCCAGCCCUGGGGGUUCGUGGGCUUCCGAACUACCCCUGCAGUGGAAGAGUUCCCGACCCGAGCCCGAGAGACCGCGGAGAUCCCGCUAGACGAGGCCCUGGAGCAAGGGCUGCCGGCUGACGAAAUUGCUGAGGCUCGCAGAACGUUCGAGAUUCGGUGGUUUGACGUGGAAGAACAAGAAGAGGAGGAGGGGAAGGAGAAGCUGGAUCCAGUUGAGAGAAUGCGGGCCCGAUAUCGCACGAUGCGAGAGUCCGGGACCCUACCACCGGGCCUCGCUUCGCCGGUAUUUCUCUGCGCGUCUCCGUUGGCUGUGGCCUCGGUGCCGGCGAUGUCGUCUGGGGAAAUGCCCGGGACUACGAGCUCGCGCUGGCGACCCUGGGCGCCGUUUCUGCUAGCUGUCGCGACGGAAUUGGAGCAGGGUCUAGUGGAUGAGGAAGUGGAUGAGUCGAUUGGUUGCAGGCGGGAGAAGGAUUGGUUCAAGCCUGUAUUUCGAGUCGCUGUGGAAGUGCUGGUAGAGGAGCUGUGGUGGGUUGUUGUGGAGCAGAUCAACACACUAGGGAGGAUGACAAGAUUUGUCCAGGAGGCGUCAGUGACAGAGGAGAGACAAGGUGAUGAUGAUGAUGAUGAUGAUGAUGAUGAUGAUUUGGAUGCUAUUUGGUGGACAGUACACGCGCCACCGCGCCAUAUGAGGAAGAGAAGGAUGUUUGCUAGCGAGUGAUGGAAUGAGUCUUUUCUUCAUUUGCUUUACGGAUCCGGACCAACCUAUCGCGACAUUGCCACCAGUCUGGAUGGAACAUUGUGCUCUCACCAUAGCCAGUGGUAUUUGUCCCUGAUGCCGUGAAUCGACACUGCAGGCGUCCAGUGUCUGGUUGAAAAAUCGAGAACACCCAUAAUCGGCCGAACAACAUCCGAAGAGUGACGAAUUUAAUUGCUUAGCGUGGAUUAUCAUGCAAGCCAAGAGAUCAAACUAGCCUAAACAUGCAUCCACUCUGGCUAGCAACGCGGA